CGCAAUCAUAUGUUGCAACCGCGAUACCGCGAACUGCGGCACCGUUGGGCUGCGUAGUGCGUCGCGCACUGUCCCAGGAGGGACGGGCUGACGGGAUCCUCAACGGAGCGAGGCAGAACGAGGACGUUGAGACUCGCGGGUUGCACAGCUUAGGAAGACUCACAUGGACCUGCACGAAGCGCCUUCCUCGUCCGAUCGCCGCCAUUCGGUCUCCGUGCGGCGAUGACGGCCGCGAGGAAAUGUUUCCAUGCAUCACACGCUGCGCUUCGGAGGUGCAGCUGCAGGCAGGUGGCUUAGCUAUCGAAAGACUUGGCGAAUUGACGGCGAAAGCUCGACGCUUGACGCGAGUUUAUUAGGCAUCCAAGAGGAUGUUUGUUGUAUCUUAUCUGAAGUCUCACCGUCGGUAGGCGACAGCUGAUUGAUAUUCAUGUGUCCGGAGAAACAAUCUCCAGGAAGGAUGAGAUGGCGUGGACCUUGAAGGCUCUUUAAAGAUGAAAUUGUAAGAUGACGAACCGCUCGUGACAUCCGUGUCGCGUUUUGUAUGAUGAUGCGAUUGAACUUCAAGACAACCCUGCUUGUAUUGGUUGUCGCGGCACUGACCUUUUUACUCGUUUCAUGGAACAAUUGUGGAAGUCUGUUGUUCCAAACGACAAAGUAUCAACAUAAGGAUCGUUUGAAUACAGAAUCGGGAUACCAAGAGAUAGAUUGUCAUAUAAACGGCGAUUACUCUGUAGGAUGUCGCAAGGAAGGCGACGAAGUAUACAUACCGUUUUCAUUUAUCCAUAAAUAUUUUGAGAUUUAUGGAAAACUAGCCACUUACGACGGUCUGGAGAGAUUCGAAUGGCUGCAUAGUUAUUCAAAGUUUGUAAAUCCCAAGGGAAAGUAUGACCCCCGAGGCGUAUUCAUGACCUUCGAAAAUUACAACGUCGAAGUCAGGGAUAGAGUUAAAUGUAUCAGCGGCACCGACGGUGUGCCGAUAUCGACGCAAUGGGAGAGCCAGGGAUAUUAUUAUCCCACGCAAAUUGCUCAAUUUGGAUUAUCGCAUUACAGUAAGAACCUAACCGAGCCCGAGCCACACAGGAAGAUCAUUGAGGAUUCCGAUAAAGUUAAGCAGAACUGGAACGUUCCUCAAGGAUCGGUUAUGAACAGAGUGUACGACAAGCAAGCUAAUAGUUACGUCCUAAAGUUCGCUACGCCGGAAACGAGCACGUCGGGGAUUUCCUUGAACUUGGAUCACGUGUUAGACUUUGUAUUGAAAUGGGAUCUUAAUAUUAAAGACAAUGGAAGUGUCACGGUUACGUUACAGUCGAGGGAGAAGAAAGAGCUGUACUACCUUCACUAUGUUACCAACAAUAUAGUACUGUAUAAUUAUAACAAUCAUGUACACUAUGGAAUCGGGCAAGCUAAUCAUCAAUGGAGACGUCUUACUAGAGAUCUCGUAGUUGACCUACAAAAAGGUCUUUAUUUGAAUGAUAAAAGUAGGAAGAAAUUGCCCCGGUCCAAAUUAAAGGUAGUUAAAAUUACCUUAUACGGCUCCGGUAUGAUUGACAAUAUGACAUUAUCGACUAGUGAGCACAUGGAGCAAUUUUAUGAUGCGGCAAGAUGGUUUGUCGCUAAUCAGAACAUCACCUCUGGUGGCUGGCCGAAUCCUGUCAGGAGAAAAGUAGCACCUGGAAUGGCUAUACUUGAACCUGGAUGGUAUCGUUAUGGCACAUAUAUAUACAGGUAUUCCAGUAUGGGCCAAGGUCACGCGAUAUCAGUGCUAGCACGAGCAUAUUAUCAUUCCGGCGAGGCGAAAUACUUACAGGCCGCUAUCAGAGGCUUGCGACCUUUCAGACUGACAUCCGCUAAAGGAGGGGUGGCUGCGCUGUUCCUAGGCAAAUAUGUCUGGUACGAGGAAUAUCCCACUACCCCCUCUUCUUUUAUUCUCAAUGGUUUUAUUUAUUCGCUUAUCGGACUCUACGAUCUGAAAAGCAUAGCGACGGGUAAGGACGCGGAGGAAGCGACUAGACUCUUUAAUCAGGGUAUGAUAUCGUUGAAGAACAUGUUAACGUUAUACGAUACUGGUUCAGGUACGACGUACGAUCUACGUCAUUUUACAUUAAAGACAGCACCUAACUUAGCCAGGUGGGAUUAUCAUUCUACUCACAUUAAUCAACUUCUUCUUCUCAAUUCUAUAGACAACGAUCCUAUUUUUAUUACGACCGCGGAACGAUGGAUCGGUUAUAUGAAUGGCAAAAGAGCGGCGCAUAAUUAACCACGUAUUUAAAUAAUAUUCCAUUCCCCUUUGUAUUUUUAUUAUACUUAUUUAUUUAAAUCAUUUUCAUUGUUUUAUU